UGGGACCUCUGUCCCUGGUGGAACCUGGUCACUCUGCUCAUCUCCAGGAUUCUUGAUGAACUGCUUUCUACAAACGCUGAAAGAACACAGAAGUCAGAGCACAAGAUGUAAAGGGACUCUUACCCCUGAUGAUAAUAAUGGUGAUAAUUUUCCUGCUGAUUCUAUUUUGGGAAAACGAGCUGUAUGAGGAAGUCGCGGAGUCAACCAUAGAGCACUUGCAUGUGGACUACCCUCAGAGCAACAUCCGUGUAAGGUACUGCAACCACAUGAUCUUCCAAAGAAUCAUCAAGGAACCUGACAACACAUGCAGGAAGGAGCAUGUCUUCAUCCAUGAGAGGCCUCGAAAAAUCAAUAGUGUUUGCACUUCUCCCAAGAAGAUGGCUUGCCAAAAUUAUUCCAGCAUUUUAUGCUUCCAGAGUGAGACAAGGUUCAAAAUGACAGUCUGUAAGCUCGCUGAAGGUGUCAGGUAUCCUGCAUGCAGGUACCACCUUUCCCCCACAGAGGGGUUCAUUCUGGUCACUUGUGACAAUACGGGGCCAGUUACUUUCCAGAGAUAUGUUGAAUAACUCGAGUCCAGCGCCUUGGGUCUGAGAUCCUCUCUUGUCCUCUGUCAGGGGUGCUGGUGCUGGUUCUUUCUGAUGUGCACCUGAGCUGUGGACGUGGGGUAAAGCCUGGAAUGAAAUGGAGUAGCCACCGGUAACUCCUUUAUCCUUCCAGUAUUGCUGAGCUGGAAUCUUCUUAUUCUGCUUCAACUAUA